GAUAAUAUUGUCAUAGAAACACUUGCAAAGCUGGAAUGUGCUCCAGUAUUCACGACCAAGAACCUUUGGAGAAUCUACAAUGUUACGUUGAAUAUAACAACUAAAGCUGAAACAUUAGUGGAAGUGGAUGCAAAGUCUAUUGCACCAAGCUCGUACAAUGAAUCAAAGAUCCUGAUUCCGAAACUUACUCUUCCCUUUGGACUCUACAAACUAACAUACACAGCCAGGAUGUGGGACACAAGCCCACUUGAUGAGAGCUUGACUCGAACACUACCCUUCGAAUCUACAGUCUUCACAUAUAUUAGAGUUCGACCUUCUCCUCUCGUCAGUAUUAUCAUGAAGGGAUCUCCGACUACCGUAUCCCGGGGAAAAGGUCAGUUAUUGACUAUGGAGCCCUAUCUGUACUCUAUGGAUCCGGACUUUCCUGAACUUACAUACAUUGGAAUGGAGUUCCGAUGGUAUUGUCGUGAGGAGUCUGAAAGCUGGCCAAUGAACGGGUCAGCUCUAUCCUGGAAUACCCGGUAUCCUGUACCCACACAGAAACUACCUCCAGCCAGCAUUACCAAUAAUACUCAGAAAGGAUGCUUUGGGUAUGGACCAGGACCGCUUGAUGUAAAAGAAGGAAUACUCUCUGUACCAACUGGGGUUUUCGUGCAGGCUGGAAAGAAUUAUGAAUUUAUGUUAAUUUUAAUGAAAGAUGUAAGGAAUUCAACCUCUAAACUGUUGUUGACAACUGUGGCGGGGGUUCCCCCUGUCCUGGAAAUAGCUUGUGCAGAACCAAGUUUGUGUCCACUCCAGGCCUCCACCGGACAAGUUUUUAUAAAUCCUACUUCAAGAUUAGGACUCAGGGCAUCAUGCAGUAAUAAACAGGGAUCUGACUGCACUGGUCCUUUGACCUACAACUGGGUUGUGAAAGACCCAACAACAUUGGCUCCCUUGACCGCUAUGACGAACAGUUUAUACUUCCUCGGAUGCUCUAUGGUUGGGGAUGUUCAGAAGUGUACUUCUGAUCUCGGUAUGCUGGUUAAAAUGUUCCAGGACUUUCCUAGAGAUGAAUAUAUUAUAGAACUAAAAGGAGUGAAUAAUCUUAACACAACAGGGAUGAUUGGUUUAAAGCUGAAGGUUAAUAAGCCUCCUCAAGGUGGGUCCUGCCUUGUUAUACCUCCAGAGGAUGUUUCACUCUCUGAUAUUACCAGUUUGGUCGAUGAGUCUGAGUUUGUUUGCUCUGGAUGGAUUGAUCCUGAGGAUAUAGGGAUUGCUAAAUAUACUCUUUUUAGUACUGACGCCAAUGGAAAACAGGCAACAGUUGUCAGCUUGGCCAGAUUUUCUCCUGAUGUCCCAACAUUACUCAGACUGUCUCCUGGGAAGUUUAAUUUUAAAGUUGUGAUAAAUGAUGUCUGGGCAGCUUCUACAGAAUAUAUUAUUCCUGGAUUGGUUGAAGUUAAAGUCCCAACCCCUGCUCAGCUUCUUGAGCUGGAAACUUCAGGCGUCAUGGAUCAAGCAAUGGCUUCUCAAGACAGUUCUUUGGUGAUGGCAAUUUUAAAUGCAAAAAUGGCGAUUCUUUCUGACGAAAGCAAUGUUGUUUUGGAAGAUACACCUGCAAAUAUGAAUCUCUCUCCUGAGCAGAAACAAGAGUUAGUUUCAGCAACAAUUGGUCAGAAAAAGAUCGAGGCGAUGGAUUCCUUGGUAUCAAACGGUGCUACGGUUGCAACCUCGCCGCAAAGUUUAUCAGCUGUAUCCCAGACUCUAUCCAAUAUUCUCGGUGCACCUCCAGAAGAUGGAAAACCUUCAACUCUCGGCCUCGAGGUCGUCACAAAAGUUGUUUCUAUAUCGGAGGGUCUGGUUGAAUCUCUGAGCUUGAUGGAUAUCUCUACACCGGAGUUACUUAAACCAAUGGCUAUAUCAGUUGUUGAUAAUAUCGGGAAGGUGAUGAGUAUUCUGAUGCCUGAUAAAGUUGAACCUGAAGAUGGAGCUACUAAGAAUGAAUCAGCUAGUGCACUCUGUGAGAAAAUAUCUCCAGUUGAUAAGGCGAACGCGAACAAGCCUGGAACUGAUUAUGAAACUGAAGUUGGAGACGAUUUAACGAUGACCAUUCCUGAGGAUCUAAAAGCCCAGCAGUGUAAAGGAUUAGCAGCUGCAACCUCAACUGCAGGUGAUACAUCUGGAAGUAAGAUCACUGAUAUGAUUGAUGAUUUAUCUAAACUUCUAUUGAGUAAAAGUAUAAUUGGAGAAGAGUUCAACAUUGAUACAAAGAAUAUUAAGAUUCUGACAAAGCUUGUAUCGGGCGAGGAUGCUAAAAAAGAGUUUGAAGUUCCACAGACAGGAGUUUUUAUCAAACUGCCAGAUACGUUUUGUUUGGAGGUACAAAUAAAUAACACAUGUGAGGCCCCGGUAGGAAUAUCUGCAGUUGUUUAUUACAAAAACCCAAGGCCUGAUGGGUUGUUUUCUGAUCGUCUGGCGCCAGAUACACUAGUAUUGGAUUGCAAACUGUCAGAUAAAAAUCAUCAAAGCGCUGAAGUCUCAGAAAUAUAUGACCCUCCUUUCUCAGGAACUCCCGGUAUAAGAUUCACAAUUCCCAGAAAGAUUUCAACCCAUCAAACUAUAAGAAACAUGACACUGAUCAAAGCCAAGGUUGAAUCAAAAUCUCGUCGUAUCCGGCCUCUUUCUCAUCUAGUUCCGGUUCCUAAAGCAGAUUCAACCAUUACGAUUGAGAUAGAUCCAAUAGAUGUUGAAAAGGAUCAUAAUUUAACUCUAUUUAUCAGUCAUGAAAAGAUUCCAACCUAUAACAGCUUCGAAUUCACAACUCCUGUUAAAGAUCUCAAUUUUACAGAGAUAGGGGUUCGAUAUUGGUUCUUGAAUAACGCGAUGGUCAAGAAUAGAACAGGAAGUCGCUGGUUUCUAACAGUCAUGGAUUUGAAAUCAGCUCUCACGGUACAAGAGAUUGCAGACAAGAAGUUUAGCGCUGACAAGAUCUCUGAUUUCAGGGCUGAUUAUAAGCUGAGAACUUACACCUCCGGCUGCUACUUUUUGGAUGAAAAAUUUGAAAUAUGGAGUGGUCGAGCUCUGGAAGUUGUUGAAACUACCUACAAUCAAACAGUUUGUGUAUCAGCACAUAUGACACUUUUUGCCGCAGGAUUUUUUGUACAACCCAACUCCAUGGAUUUCGAUUUUAUCCUGAAAGAAAUGGAUUUCUUUGACAAUGAAACGAUCUACUCGACGAUCCUUAUCACUUGUAUAGCAUAUCUUCUGUUUCUGAUUGUGGCUAGGUUUGUGGAUUACACAGAUGUUCAGAGAGUUGGGUGUAAGCCUCUGCCAGAUAACAAUGCGGAGGAAACAUAUGCCUACGAAAUAUUGGUUCUCACAGGAGCUAAAUCUGAAUCCACCUGUAAAUCUAAAGUAUAUUUUGUACUGAACGGAGACAAAAAUGAGACAGAUGUUCGACAGUUUCCCAACGGACCAGAUGAUUAUUUCGAAAGGGGUGGGAUAGAUAGCUUUGUCAUGACUGUUUCAAGACCUCUUGGGAAUCUAAGUUUUCUGCGGAUUUGGCAUGAUAACUCUGGUAUAGGAGAUUAUGCCUCUUGGUUCCUGGGAGCUAUUAUUAUCCGAGAUCUGCAAACUAAACAAAAGUAUCAGUUCUUCAACGAUAGAUGGCUUGCUAUAGAAAAAGAUGAUGGCGAGAUUGAAAGAAUAAUUCCCUUGGCUGGAGACGGAUCUCCCCUCAAAUCCACGUUUCAACAGAGUAAAGAGAAUAAUCUGAAACAAAAUCAUCUUUGGCUGGCAUCCUUCUUUAGACCUCCUAGAUCCAGAUUCACCAGUUGGUACAGCAUUAUUGAUAUCAGGGAUUCAGAUCAAGUAUCCUUGGGGCUUGUGGACCUAACACUGAAUGAAGUUUUUGUUGGACUGGCAGCCAACCUAGUUUCUUUCCCCAUAGUAUUACUGAUUACUAUUCUCUUCAAGUAUUCAAAAUCUAGAACUCUUCGGAAGAAUAGAAUUGUUCGAGCUUUAAAUUUAGAGGAUGAAGCAUACACCAUAGUUCCAAACAUAGGGUUAAGUUCUGCUGAUGGAAAAAAGAAGAAAAAUUUUCUGCUACCCUGGUUCUGUUCUGUACUAGGCUGGCUCUUAUGUCUGCUAUCGAUUGUGGUGUCUGUAUAUUUUCUAGUCACCUUCGGGGUAGUGCUGGGAAAUCAAAAAGUGCAUAGGUGGUUAGGAUGCUUUUUUGUCACAUUUUUCUCCAGUUUCCUUAUUGUCGAACCAAUCAAGGUUGUCAUCUAUGCUGUUGUGUAUCAAGUGGUUUGUAAGAUGGAUCUUGAUGAUGAUCUUGAUGACAGUGAAGCAGAUGAAGAGUCUGUAAUGAUCAAUCAUGAUCCUGAAUGGGAUUCAGAUGAAAAAAUUAUCAAAACCAAGACCUAUAUACCAUACAGUGAGGAACAUCUUGAGAACUUGAGGAAAUCUCGAAUAAAGGAAUUGAAAAGCCAGGCCUUUGCUAAAGAGAUAAUCACGUACAUCAUCUUCCUUGUCAUGAUCUAUAUCAUCUCAGUAGACAACAGGGAUAAGAACUCCAUAUUCCUCAAGAAUCAGAUUGAGAAGAAUUUUAUUCUCAAAAACAAAUUUCACGAGAUUGUUACAACUGAUGACUACUGGAAAUGGGUACACUCAACGUUAUUAUCUGAACUAAAGGCUGGUCCAUUAUACAACGGUGAUCCACCGUAUGGAUUACGAGGAUUUAUUGGAGAUCAUACUCAAAGAAUUCUUGGCUUUGCAACUCUAAGGCAAGUCAGGAUCAAACGUAACUCCUGUACUGUAGCUCCAUCUGUAGUUGAUCUAACUAAAGAAUGUGCUCAGCUCUCUAACCUAAUAAACGAGGAGAAGAAAGAUUUCUGUAAUGCUUGGGAGGAAAGGACUGAACUCACCAAAGGUUUCCCAUCCUGCCAGUCCGCAGAGUUUAGGUACAAGACGGAUGUAGAGAUGCAAGGCUGGCCUAUUAGUGCAUGGCGGGAUACCUAUAGCGGUGGGGGAUAUGUUGUCAAUUUAAAAGGAACAAAUGCAGCUUUAUCGGACCGACUUCAAUACCUUCAAGAACAGCAUUGGAUUAACAAUCAGACUAGAGCUGUUCUUCUAGAGUUCGGGACUUACAAUGUCAAUCUUAAUCUCUUCUCUGUCGUAACUAUUGCCGGAGAAUGGUUGCCAGGGGGCGGGGUUUCUCCAUACUGGCGAAUAGAUCCGAUUCGGUUGAUCACAGUUUUCACGUUCUUUGGUACCCUCGCUGUUAUAUCCCAGAUAGGAUGCAUUGGGUUCAUUUUAUACUUCAUGCUCAGGGAGAUAACAAAGAUGUUUAAGAUGAAGAUGGAGUACUGGAAAUCCUACUGGGCGUAUGUCGAGGUUGGGAUAGUUCUGGAUGCAUUCGCAGCAGUAGGUCUGUUCCUCUAUAGGAAUAUGUUAACCCAGGAGAUUAUGAAGAUAUUUGCAGAAACCUAUGGAAACGGGUUUAUCAGGCUGCAAUGGGUUGGAAUGAUAGAUGAAUACUACGGGUACACUAUUGGUCUACUCAUGUUUAUGGCAGUUCUCAAGCUCCUCAAGAUCCUGGAGUUUAACAACAAGAUGUCACUCCUCAACUUUACACUGCUCAGAUGCUGGGAGAGUCUUUCCGGAUUUUUAGUUAUCUUCUUCUUUGCUUUCUUCUCUUUCGUGCAGAUGUUCUACUUCAUCCUGUACUCGGACAUGAAAGACUUCAGUGAUAUCGGGAAGGCGUUCAAGACUUGCUCAACCAUGAUGCUGAACAAGUUUGAUUUUGGAGAACUUUUGCAAACCAGUCAAACAGCUGCAAUCAUGUUCUUCGUCUACGCUGUCGCUGUCAACACUCUUCUCAUCAAUGUGCUGCUGACAAUUAUCAUCGAAGGUUAUGAGGAGGUUAAAGCAGAGUUGGAGGGUAGGAAGAAUGAACUUGAAGUUAUACAGUACAUGAAGGAUGUGAUAAAGUUUAUGGUUGGAGCAGAUAAAAGACCUAAUUUCCUAGAGGAAUUCUCCCCAGAAGGAUUAAAGAAUGAACAGUUGGUGAUCAAUAAAGAUGACGAGGCACUAGAUCAGGAGGAGGAGGAGAAUGUAGUUGAUGAACUACCUGAGAAAGUUGAUGAAAUUCUUCAGUACAUCAAUUCUACAUAUUUUGAUGGUGAGCUUGAUUUGAAGACGAAGAAAAUGUUUGAGAAAGGAAUGAGAAAUCAAGAAGGAACAACAGGACUCGAAAUACUUGGAGUGGACGACCUCUAAGUUAAAAAUGUUCUGGCUAAAUAUAUUUAAAAAGAUAAUUUAUUAGAAGUGUUCCUUAACUUAAUCGAUUCCCAAUUAUUUAUUAGAGGUUCACAUUGUUUUUCUUUUCUUUUUAACAUAAUUUUUCGAAUCUUUUCAAGUGUAUAUCUUAAUGUAAUUCACGAUCAUGGUCAAUUUUAUAAAAUGUCAAAAAUGAAGACGACCAGUGAUAAAUCUAAAAUGCUUGCAAUUGUCGUCUGCUUUAUAUUUAUAAGUAUGUAUUUUAAUAUUGUGAAAAUGUAAUUGUCGUGUUUGUUUUUCUUUGCUUUAAUAGUUUUUAAGGUUGUUUGUCUGCCCUACGAGAAUAAAUAAAAUAUAAGAUUUUAA